AACGGAACUCCAACGGUCAGAAAAUACCCUCUCCUGCAAACCCUAGAUUAAACCUAACCCCGAAUCAAAACCCACCACAAUUGUCUUCGAUUUUCCUUCGAUCUCGCUUGAUUUCGAGACUAAAGACAAUCUAAGAACGGAUUUGCAGUAUUAAUCGAAGGAAUUCCAAAUUCGACGGCGGGAAUAAGACCCGGCGGGAUAGCGUAGGGCACUAAAAGCCGGAAUAAGACCCAGGAGAGAAGUGACCGCCUCUCCACGAAAUCCAAAUUCGACGCUAUCCUGACGGCUGCGUCUCCUUCUGGGUCUUAUUCCGGCUUUUAGUGAACUACGAGACUGAUGAGAGAGGAAUAUAUGGAGCCAAGUGGAUCUUUUGGUCCAAAUCAUUUACUUAAUAUCCCUCUUUUUUAUAUGUUUUUUUUCAUCAUGAAUUGUAUAAUUUGGCGUAGAGUAGAUCCAGACUUACUUUCUAUUUAAUUUGCACUUGAUGCACACUCAACAUAGAGUUAGUUAGUGAGGUCUCAAUAUGCAUGGCAAAUAAUGUCACUACAUGGUUUAACUAAGAUUUAAAAACCUGAGUUUGAGAGAUGAUAUAACUACUUAAGGGAUCAUGACUUCUUAGAAUAACCUACUGGUAUCCUUAAUGUGGAUUGAAAAACUUUAUUGUUAUAAGGAGGAUGGCUGUAGAUUGUGGAGGUGUGCUGGAUAUUCUUUGUUAUUACAUGUUUGGGAUUAGUAGACUUUAUGAAGUUCGGUUACAGAAAUCUAAUGAACAGUUGACAAUUCAAGUACAUGUUAGUCUCUAUUAAAGUGGUCAUUUUCUUGCUAGUGAUCUGGGGAUUAACCACUUGUCCUGUUGCUACAAUACUAAGGCUCUUAAUUGUUGGGAUUAGCUGGGAUUGCAGUGUUUUCCUCUGCAAACCUUUCUCCAACUACAUGGCGGUCUUCAAUUUCUUAAUGUCUUCUUUUUGUCUCCUUAGUGAUACCAAAUGUCUCUCAAAGUUUGUGACUUCAUCAUUAGGAGUUGGAAACCCUAAUUUCAAAUGAGACAAUGAGACAUAUACCCAUUGUGGAGUUGGGGUUAGGUAGGCAUAAAGGAAAAAUAUUGUGAGCCACGCCAAUCUCAAUAAUUUAGAAUUGGACCUAUUGGUAUUGUGCUAGUUGACACAGUGGUAUUCCUUUAAUUGCUAGUGGAAGAUUACUCUUUUUACAGAGAGAUAGACGUGUUUGUUUAGCUUGAAAACUUGUUCAUUAUAUUUCUUUACAUCUGAAUUUAUUAAGUCUUAAAUUCCAAAUAUGCGAUAGGAAAAAAAAAAAAAUCAAGCGUGCUGCCACUAUAUACAAGCACCCCUUAUUGCAUUAAAGUUUUUAGGGCCUGUCUGGUUUAGUUUGUGAGAGCUUUUGUUUUUUUAGUACUGUUAUAAGUAAUAAUUUUAAAUUUUUAUUGGAGGGAAAAUUUAAAAGUUGCUUUUAGAGAUAGGAAAAAAUAAGUUAAAAAUGAGUAAAAAUGGAAUUUAUAAAAAGUUUGGAUUUGAAAAUUUUGAGUUUUUAUUGUUUGAGAUCUUUUUAAAGUUAAAAAAAAAAAAUAAAAAUGUAAGUUUUUAGGAGAGAAUUUAAACUUAUGAAAUAUGAAUAAUAUCAAAAAACUGAUUUAAAAGCUUACCUAAACAGGCGCUUAAUCUACUCGUGGUAAACUGGUAGAUUGUUCUUUGAGUUUGAUAACCUAGCAGAGGUUAUAUCUUGAUCCUAACUCGGAUUAUUAAAUCUUGGUUUAUUAAUUGGGCCAUAUAUUGACAUAAAUAGUUAGUUGGAUCAUGUGCUUAUUGGGACUAUGAUUUUCUUGUACCUAUUGGAUUCUUAUU